GGCACCCUGGGCGGAAGGAGACCGGCAACGGGGAACGAGGGGAGGUUUCUACGCCGGAGAGGCCUUCCCGGCGGGAAACGGGUCGGCUGGAGGGAAGGAGGAGCCUCGGCGGGCCGCUGCUCUUGACCCCGCAUGCAGACCUUGAAGAAGAGGAGCUAAUAGGAACUUUGAGGUAUCCUAUAUGUGCAUGGAAGCAAAGAAUUUUUACACGGUCGCUACAAAUGAACUCUGGAUACUCAGGCAGCUGUGAAAAUUAAUUAACCGUUUGAUUAAUUCAGAAGGAGCUUACUGUUCUGGUAGAAGAUGGAAUGUUUAACACAUCGGUUAGAAUUGUUUCCUGACUGCCUUGUGACUCUUAUCCUAUUUAAUGGUGUGAAAAAUGCUGCUAUUCUGCGGAGGAAAGCAAUGGAAGGUGCUAUUGAUGGAGCAUUAAUUAAUCCUUCAAUGGUUGUUGAUCCUUUUCAGAUACUAGUAGCUGCAAAUAAAGCUGUUCAUCUCUACAAAAUUGGCAAAAUGAAGACAAGAACACUUAAUGCUGAAAUCAUAUUCAACCUUUCACCGAACAAUAAUAUUACAGAUGCCUUCAAAAAAUUCGGCAUUUCUGAUAGCGACUCUGCACUACUCAUAGUUUUGAUUGAACACGAAGAGAAAACUGUGAACGUGAACCAUCUAAUAAGUCAAGUAGACGGCCAGCAAGUUUCCAUAGCAGAUCUCUCUGAAAUAAAUGACAUACAAAAAAUUAAGAAGGUAUAUAAACUCACUCCACAAGAAGAAAAAAUAGGCACCCUGCUGGAUGGCAUCAUUUGCAGAAUGGCAACCAAAGAAAUAUGACCGCAUUAGAACGACAGCAGUUUGUUACCGAAAGAAAUUUUAUUUUAAUUUUUUCCCUCUCUUGUUAUGCCAGCAUUAAAUGUAUUUUGGAAUCUCUGAUUUGAUUUGAAGCACAAUUUUAUUACACGAAGCAGAAUGAUGCAGCUUUUUAAAGUGCUCUGCUGCCAGUAAUUAAUGAUUGUCAAAUGUAAAUAUUAAAAUUUAAAAUUGCAGAA